AUGAACGCUGGGUCAAAAGUGUUCCUGCCCCUACGCGCACGCGUCAUCGCCCGACCGUUCUCGACCUCCCGUCCCCGCUGGGAGGCCGCGGCGCUGCCCGCCAAGAAGCCCGUUGGAGCUUUUCGAGGGGGAGUUUUCGGUUUUCUCUGCGGUGCCGUUGCCGCCGGCGCGUCUGUCUAUUACUAUGUGCUCGGAGACUAUCGCAUCUCUAACGAGAUGCUGAACACAGAUAUUCAUGCUCUUCAGUCUGCCACCAUGAAGCUUCAAUCCUAUGUCUCCGAGCUGGAGACGAAGGUUGAUCAGUUGAAGAAGAAAUAG